CUUUCUCUUCCCCUUUUUUUUCAGCCGUAGCUGCCAGUCCACAGCCCACACCAGUUCCUUCUGCUGGCCGCCGCAGCCCGCCAUAGUAGGUCCUUUCGCCGACAGCCGCCACCAGUCCAUCCACGUUGCAGUUUCUCUCGUCUUCGUUGUGUCCAGCACAGCCACACGGGGUAGAUCUUUCUCCAUUCUCUAGCCACCUCACCUGAAUGGUGACGUUCGUGUUUUAGAUGUUACUGUCGCUGGGUUCAUGUUGCAUCCGUUGACUUGACGUUACUGUUGUUUGUGUUCAAGCUUGCUCAAAGAAAUUUCUCUAAAGGGUUCCUAAGAACGUUCAUCCUCGCACAGAUAUGCCUUCAAAGGGAAAGAAGAACUCAAAGACGCUCUCUAGAUUGUCUAACUCGAACAAAUCUCAAUCACCUYURCCACGGUUGGCGAUACCUCMUGCCUCUSAAGUUGGUGAAGAUGAUUUUGUUUCCUCCAYUGAAGAAGCUUCAAGUAAAUAUCCUUCUUUGAUCGGUAAAUCYGCGUUCAUUGGGAGAGUUACUAAUGCUCCARUCCAAUCUGGUGGUUGUAAAGUUUGGCUUUCUGAAUCUUCUAUGGUUGCUUCUAGCUUCACCCAAGGAGCUAUYGUCUCGGUAGCACUUGCUUCUGUAGAAGGGAGCAAUUUAGAAGGUUUUCCUCUUUCCUCAUUUGCAGAUGAAUGUAGUAGACACUUUGGGAUUGAUUAUGAAGAUUCUUUAACCAAUGAAGUGGGAAAUUACUUUGCUCUUGCGAGAAUUUUUUCUUCUAAUAAGGAGUUAAAUGAUGGAGUGCAAUUAUCAACAAAUCUCUCAUACACCUUGGGUUGUCCUAGAUCAGGCCGUGUUGUGUUUAUAUUUCCUUUAAAAAACCACCCAUGCAAUGGUAAGUUAAAUGAAAUUGGGAAAUUAAAGAGCACAGACGUUGAAUCUCUGAGAAUAUAUAAUUGUAAGGAACUGUUCUUGGAGCUGGCUUCUUCUUCCAAUAUAUCCACAAAAGACAACAACUUAUUCUCUUCCUCCUCUAUUUAUUUAAGAAAGGUUCAUGAUCGUGGUGAAAAUGGUAAUUUAUCAUCACCAAGUACUGGGAUGUCUGCAUCUCCAAAUUGUGAUGACAUGGURUCAAAUUUACCURUGGAGAGUCCUUGYGAUCACUCACUUAUUAAGGARGCCUUAGGARAUGAUAAUGUUAAAAAAACUCUGCAGACRAUUGCUUCCAAUGAGUUGUAUAAACGUUGUUUGCUCCGUGGAAAUCUUGUAACUAUCCCAGUGCUUUCAGAUCUUUGUACAUUCCAUGUGAGGGGUGGUAAAGGACCAUCAGCAUAUGAUGACUCUUAUAAUUCCGUGUGCAAUGGAAGUAUCAAUCAUUCUCAACCUUCUAUGUCAAAUGAAUAUGUGGAUUAUGCUUUCAAAAUAGACCAGCUGACAAAAGUAUUUAUAAAUGUUMAAUCAACUACAGUCUCGGAGACAGUGCAAGAUAGAGUUUUAUCGAAUGUGGAAUCUCAAAAUCUAAAUAUUACAGCUAAAGCAAAGCGUAAAGUUUCAAAAUUGGGCGGUCUUUCUAAAGAAUAUUCAGUUUUAAAGGAUAUUAUAAUUGCCUCAUCAUUAAAUGGCACUGUGUCAAGCCUUGGUUUACGAACUAUGAAGGGAGUACUUCUCCAUGGUCCUCCUGGUACUGGAAAAACUUCCUUGGCUCAGUUAUGUGCUCAUGAUGCUGGUGUCAACUUAUUCUAUUUGAAUGGACCUGAAAUUAUAAGUCAAUAUCAUGGGGAAAGUGAACAGGCCUUGCAUGAAGUUUUCGAGUCGGCAAGCCAAGCUACACCUGCUGUGAUAUUAAUUGAUGAGUUGGAUGCUAUUGCGCCGGCAAGAAAAGAUGGAGGUGAAGAGCUGUCUCAAAGAAUUGUUGCUACAUUGCUUAAUCUGAUGGAUGGGAUCAAUCGAAGUGGUGGGCCACUUGUAAUUGCUUCUACGAAUAGGCCUGAUAGCAUUGAGCCUGCGCUAAGGCGGCCUGGGAGACUUGAUCGAGAAAUUGAAAUUGGUGUGCCAUCUCCCAAUCAACGGUUGGAUAUUCUACAAAUAAUUCUAAGUGAAAUGAAGCACUCUCUGUCAGACCUGCAAGUUCAACAUCUAGCUACGGUUACACAUGGUUUUGUGGGUGCUGAUUUGGCUGCCCUUUGCAAUGAGGCAGCCUUAGUUUGUAUAAGGCGUUAUCAUAAGUUUACCAAGGUGGAGGAUGAAGGCUAUUUUGAUGAUGUGAUUUUAGAACCUAUUCUCUCUAAAGAUGAAAAAAGUAUCUCAGGGGUUUGCUCAAAAUUUGCAUCUUCAUCCCUUUCUGACGAAGUGGUAGCCGAUAAUGCAGAUAUUUAUAACUAUUCUGGAAUCAGGUGUAGGUUGAAGAUUGUUUUUGAAGAUUUUGAGAUGGCUAGAAUGAAAGUGAGGCCUAGUGCUAUGCGAGAGGUCAUACUUGAGGUACCAAAGGUAAAAUGGGAAGAUAUUGGUGGACAAAGGGAGGUUAMGAUUCAAUUAAUGGAAGCAGUAGAAUGGCCUCAAAAACAUCAAGAUGCAUUCAAGCGAAUAGGGACUCGACCUCCAACAGGAGUGUUAAUGUUUGGUCCUCCUGGAUGCAGCAAAACCCUCAUGGCACGUGCUGUAGCUUCUGAAGCAGGACUAAAUUUCCUUGCAGUAAAAGGCCCAGAACUUUUCAGUAAAUGGGUUGGUGAAUCUGAGAAGGCUGUUAAAUCUCUAUUUGCUAAGGCAAGAGCUAAUGCACCAUCAAUAAUAUUUUUUGAUGAAAUUGAUGGUCUUGCUGUCAUUCGUGGGAAGGAAAGUGAUGGAGUUUCUGUCUCUGAUAGAGUUAUGAGUCAACUUCUUGUUGAAUUGGAUGGUUUACAUCAGAGAGUUGGUGUUACUGUCAUUGCUGCUACCAAUCGGCCAGAUAAGAUUGAUCCAGCCCUUCUUAGGCCAGGACGUUUUGAUCGGCUGCUAUAUGUUGGGCCCCCAAAUGAAUCUGAACGAGAAGAGAUAUUUCGUAUCCAUUUGUGCAGAGUUCCGUGCAGCCGAGAUGUCAGUACAAGGAAGUUAGCUUCUCUUACUCAAGGCUGUUCAGGGGCUGACAUAUCAUUAAUUUGUAGAGAAGCAGCUUUAUUAGCCCUUGAGGAGAACCUUGAGGCUUCAAAAAUAAAUAUGUUGCAUUUAGAAACUGCUGUUAGACACGUGAAGCCAUCUGAAACUGAACCUUAUCAAGAGUUAUCAUCCAAGUUUCAAAGACUUGUUUGUUCUACAUCACAAGGAACUGAUGUAGUGUAUCAGCAGUGCGCAAGACAAUCUAACUGGCUUUCUAAAUGGUCCCUUGUAAAAUCUACUUUGUCGCUCUUCUCUCGGUUUCCAGCUCGUGUUCRUCACAYGCUCGAAGGCUUCAAAUGAGUAGCAAAAAAUUGGGUGCUCCAGCAAACUCAAUCAUGAACAAGGUUUCUUACAAGGGUUUUCUCAAAUACUGAGGUYGGACAAUGUGAUUGCAACACACAUUCUUUUUUAAGAYRAUGUUUAAUCUGCURUCCCCUCAAGUAUGAAGAUACCAUUUAUAACACAUUGUGUGCUCGCAUGAUUUCAUUCACCAUGUUCCUUGAAAAUAUCCUGCUCUGGAGGUGCGCAUUCAUUUUCUUUCUUUACAGAUUCUUGUUCAWUUUUCUUUUUUGAGCAUAUAGUUUCUAGUUUGAAAUGUAUCGACUCUCUUUCUCUCCUUCUGGUCAUUUUGUGUUG